AUGGCGAGAUUCCGUCCAAGCAAUAUCCUCGGCGACCCGUUCGCGCUUGCAACGAUUUCCAUCUCGAUACUGGCAUGGGUCAUCGCAUUCAUAUCGUCGAUUGUCUCGGCGAUUAAUGCCCGUGGCUAUCCCACCUAUUCGUGGUGGGGAGUCGCUUAUUCGCUUUGCAUUAUUCUUGGGAUGACGGCUGUGUUUGGCACGGACACUGGUUCCGUUUACGGUGUAGCUAUUGUGGGCUAUCUUUCCGCUGGUAUGGUAAUCACGACACUUGGUGUGAAUUCGUUAGUAUAUCGCAGCGAUUCUGCGUCGCAAGCUGCAGGUGCCGGUUUUAUUCUCAUGUCUAUGGUGAUAGUUAUCUGGAUAUUUUAUUUCGGAUCGACGCCGCAAGCCUCGCAUCGUGGGUUCAUCGAUUCGUUCGCCCUCCAAAAGGAACACCCUGGAGCAUAUGGAAAUGGCAGACCUAUGUCUACGGCCUUCGGAAACCGACCUGAGACUACUUCCAGCCAGGCACCUCAAAUGUAUACAUCGGCACAGCUCAAUGGUUUUGAGACGUCAUCGCCCGUAUCGGGCUACCCAGGCGGUGCCCCCGGUUCGGAAAACCGCAGCUCAUCGCAACCUCGAUUUGGCAACCCUUCAAACGCCAACUUGACUGCCAAUGGCAACGAGAACGAGGUUCCUCAACCAACCGAAUACCCGUAUCGGGCAAAGGCAAUCUAUUCGUAUGAUGCCAACCCAGAAGACGCCAAUGAGAUCAGCUUUACCAAACAUGAGAUAUUGGAAGUGUCCGAUGUUAGCGGCAGGUGGUGGCAGGCCAGGAAAUCCAAUGGAGAUACAGGUAUUGCUCCAUCGAAUUAUUUGAUCUUGUUGUGA